AUGAAUCUAGUGAACUAUUUUUUACUGUUUCUCGCCAAAACUGGAGUCGCUUUUAACUUGCAUUAUGUCUCAUUAGACCCGAUGCCAAAACCUCCGUUUUUGAUAAAUGCCACUUAUGAAGUCAUCGAGCAGUUUAUGGGUUUGCUGAGAGUACCGUUUAUUGACGCAAAACGAAAGGUCACCGAGUUAGACAUUUUAGUUGGGAGUUUACGACGUGACGUUCAAGAUGCUUAUGAAGAUUUGAAAUCUGAAGCAAUUAUGUCAAGGCUUGAAGAAGAAGACCAAAGCACUGAAUUUGUUGAAAAGACACACUAUGUGAUCGCUCAUUUGGAAGCUCUAAAAAACGCUAAAAGAAUUGGGCAGUUAGAACGAAAAAAACGCAUCGAAAUGGUAUUUGCUGAGUACAACGAUUUUAUGGUACAAGCGAUGACCGAUCGAAUCCACAGAAUGCUUGGCAACGUCAUGAAGCAGAUUACGCGAGCUAUGCUUUUUUCAGAACGAUUGACUACUAAGUAG